AUGAUUUUCUCCCCAAGCCCCAAGGCAGGCCUACCUCAUCUAGCGAAAGUUGAAAUGGCAAUGAAGCUGCGAGCGAUCGACGAGGCUACAGAGUUGGGGAGUGGCGAGAGAGAGCAGAGUCAAGGUCGUUGGCGCCGCAUCCUCUUCCUCCGUGGCGCCUCCGAUUCGUGUUCGAAUCUUCCUAGAUUCGAGUCCACCCAAUUGUCCACCUACGAUCCGAUUUCUUGA